AGCCUGAACGUUCGCCGACACUUUCCCCCACAUUCUACGGCGCCAUCUUCCUCCGGACGGGAAGACACGGAGGAUGAGCGGAACCAAAGCCCGCAGCGACGCUCCUUUGGCGGACAACGUGGUCCACAACCCCGCGGCUCCUGCGCGGGAGCGCAAACCCGGCGGGGGCGUCCUGAAGCGGCUCAAGUCCCGGAGGAGUCAGGUGGAGAGCAGGCCCGUCACCGAGGAGGACCUGCGAACCCAGCCGGGACACACCGGCCCGGAGGACGUGCUCGGGCUGCGGAUGGCCACCAGAGGUUACCUGUGUAAGCCCGAGGACAACGUCUAUAACAUCGACUUUGUUCGGUUCAAGAUCAGAGACCUGGAGACUGGAACUGUCCUGUUUGAGAUCGCAAAACCACCACACACAGAAGAUGAUGAGAAGUGCAGAGAGAAGGAGGCGGCGUCUGGGCGAUUUGUGCGGUACCAGUUCACCCCAGCUUUUCUGCGCCUGAGGACCGUCGGAGCAACGGUGGAGUUCACAGUGGGCGACAGACCUCUGAACAGUUUCCGGAUGAUAGAGAGACAUUAUUUCCGUGAUCAGCUGCUGAAGAGUUUCGACUUUGACUUCGGCUUCUGCAUCCCGAACAGCCGAAACACGUGCGAGCACAUCUACGAGUUUCCCCAGCUGUCGGAAAGUCUAGUGCGGCAGAUGGUGGAGUGUCCUUACGAGACGCGCUCCGACAGCUUCUACUUCGUGGACAGUAAACUGGUCAUGCACAACAAGGCGGACUACGCGUACAACGGAGGGCAGUGAUACCUGCCUGCAACCGGUGCAUGCAUCCCUUCUACAAUGAAAUCAGGAGAACUUUAGUGUGUGUUAUUUUUAAAUCUGUUUACCAACACAACCAUUCCACAGAGACUCACACUCGGUGCUUGUCAGAAACAGCUGCCGCCCCCACAGUCAGACAAUACCAGGGGAGAUAGAGAGAAACCAUCCAUGGAAACACUCCUGUCAAACACACAUGGUCACUCUUGUGAUCGCACUCCUCUCAGACAUACCCACAAUAGAGCGACAGGCGGUUGGGUUCCAUUGUGUUGACAGGCACAAUGGGUUCGCAAUGUUCACAUCCACUCAUAAUACUAGUCCAGGUCGAUAUCCAGGUCGGAGAAGUAACAGAGCUUUGAGAAUAUUCGCUUUUGGAGCCCCAUGUGCAACUGAAAUGUAGCCUGUGGUGGAAGUGAAAUUUGCUCGUGGAGCAAUGAUGGAAUAAAAGCCAGUGUCUGGUGAAAGAAAACGACUGGGUUUAUGGAUUGCUGCGAUCAAACUGUAGAUGCCUCCAGACCUCAUGGUGGGAAAUGGUCGUGGUAAUAUUUGGACAUCAGUGACGAGUCAAGACGUUCCCAUUCACUUCCUGUUGAAAAGAUGGGAAGCUCAAGUUCAGACCACUGAGCUAAACAUUUUGCUUGGCUUUGAAAUUAAUUUUAAUGAAUUAUUUACUGUGAUGUUCAGAAUCAAUUGUUACACUCGCACACAUAUUUGUUUCGCUAUUUUUUGAGGGCCUGCUAUAAUGCUUUCUCCAGCCUCUCACCCUUAACUUAACCAUCCAAAACACAUGUCUAACCUCAACCAGGACUCUGAACCAAACUGAAACACAAUUAUAAUCACCUCGUUUUUAUGAAGUCUUCAUCCUCAAAUUGAACCUCAGAAGACAUAAGGUCCCCAUGAGGAUAGUGUUUUGUCAGGAAUGCUCCAGAAACAGCGUCACUUUUGCUACUUUGUUUGUUACAUGAUUUUCCUGUUGAAACCAAACAGCUACCCACUUGAAUCCCGACUGACUCCCCUUUCCCCAGACUAUUGCCUGCAUGCUAUUGUUCUCAUAGGCUAAACUAAGUUGGAGAGAAAGGAAAGCAACACUUGUAACAAAGAUCUCUUUAUAAAAUGUGCUACUGAUGUUUACAAGCUCUAAUAAAGUUCCUUGGCGGAGAUGUGGAAUCAUUACUUGGCUCCAACACAUGGAACGUUGGGAGCGCUCUUAUUUGUUCCUCGGGUAGUUUGCUGAAGCUACACGAAUGUUCUAUUGGUGUGAGAACGCACAUGUGUACAGCAAGAGACUGAUCGACCUGCUGUCAUGAAAUAUUGUUGAAAUUUCAAGGUCCUUAAUGACACUUCUGUUCCUCGUGUUCUGAAACCUAAUUUAAUUUCAAUUUAAAAAUCUUUUUUUGAAAUGUUCUUGUAAAGUGUGUUGCUUGUGAAAUAAAGUGAAUUAUACAUAUGUAAAA